AUGGUACGUCGACGAUGGUGGAAAGAGGCAAUCGCUUAUCAGAUAUAUCCAAGAAGUUAUCAAGAUUCAAAUGGUGAUGGUAUUGGCGAUUUACCUGGUAUUAUUCAACGAUUAGAUUAUAUUAAGGAUCUGGGUAUUGAUCUAAUUUGGAUAUGUCCGAUAUUUAAAAGCCCAAAUGAUGAUAAUGGAUAUGAUAUUAGUGAUUACAGAGAUAUCAUGGAUGUAUAUGGAAAUCUAGGAGAUAUGGAACGUUUAAUUAAAGAAGUACACGACAGAAAUAUGAAAGUGAUAUUUGAUAUGGUAUUAAAUCAUACUAGCGAUGAGCAUAGUUGGUUUAUUGAAGCUCGUUCGUCACGAACAAGUGCAAAAAGAGACUGGUAUAUAUGGCGUGAUGGUAAACCGGGUGGUAUGAGACCGAACAAUUGGGAAAGUAUUUUUAACGGGUCUGCAUGGGAAUAUGAUAAAGCCUCCGAUCAGUAUUAUCUGCAUUUAUUUUCACGUAAAAUGCCCGAUUUAAAUUGGGAAAAUGCUGAUUUGCGUCAGGAAUUGUAUAAAAUUUGUAACUGGUGGUUAGAGAAAGGCAUCGAUGGUUUUCGAAUUGAUGCUGUGUCACAUAUCAAAAAGAAACCUGGCCUACCGGAUUUGCCUAAUCCAAAACAAGUAGAAUUUGUCUCAUCAUUUGAUUAUCACAUGAACGUUGAAGGAAUCGAAGAAUAUUUGAGAGAAUUUCGUCAUGCAACAUUUGGUACUCGAGAUCUAGUUAGUGUAGGUGAAGCGAAUGGCGUGGGAGCUGAUCAAGCGCAAGACUGGGUUGAUGAAGAUACUGGCAUAUUCAAUAUGAUAUUUCAAUUUGAAGGAACUAAUUUAUGGGAGAAAACAUUAGGCACAUUAGAUGUUUUGGCGUUAAAACGUAUCAUGACAAGAUGGCAAAAAGCUUUAGAAAAGAAUGGAUGGAAUGCUUUGUUUAUUGAAAAUCAUGAUAAACCUCGUAUUGUAUCUUCUUGGGGUGAUGAUAAAGAAUAUCUACGAGAAUGUGCCACGGCAUUUGCAACUGUUUAUUUACUUAUGAUGGGAACGCCGUUUAUUUAUCAAGGUCAAGAAAUUGGAAUGACCAAUGUUAAAUAUCCAUCGAUCAAUGAUUACAAUGACGUUGCUGCUAAAAGUUUUUACAACUUGGAAUUAGCAAAAGGCAUUGAUGAGCAAGAAAUAAUGCAAAUAAUUUAUAUAACAGGCCGUGACAAUGCUCGAACACCCAUGCAAUGGGAUGAUAGUCCGAAUGCUGGUUUUUCUACCGCUCAACAAACAUGGUUAGGUGUCAAUCCAAAUUAUGUCUGGAUUAAUGUUGAACACCAGUCAAAAGAUGAAAAUUCAAUAUUAAAUUUUUAUAAGCGAUUAAUAAAAUUACGUAAAGCUAAUGAAUUGUUUAUCUAUGGUACAUAUGAUCUAAUCCUUUCAAGUCAUAAACAGGUCUAUGGUUAUACACGAACAUUAAACGAUAAACGUGCUUAUAUUUUAACAAACUUAACCGAUCGUCCGGCACAAUUUACUUUGUAUCAAGGCUUAUCGUUAAAACAUUUAGUAUUAACUAAUUUAGUUGAACCCAUUCAAGACCAUAAUGAUGAAAAAAGUUUUAAAUUUCGUCCGUACGAAAUUCGAGUUUAUAUUAUCGAUCAUAAACACCAUAAAUCGCAUACAACAGCACCAAAAAAUCAAAUGGAACCAAGUAAACGUCUUCCAUCUGAUGAACUCAAAUCAACACGGUCGGCAUCAGACAUAACUCCAACAGCAUCUAAAAUGAUGAUAACCAAGAGACAAAAAAAAGCACUUGAAAAAUUACAACAACAAAUAAAAAGUGAUGCAUCGGUGGCAACAAAUGAAAAUGCAGUUACCAAUGAAAACGCAAAGACAACAGAAGAGGAAGAGGUUGAUCCAGACGAACCCUUGAUAAAGAAACGUGAAAGGCAAAGAUCAUUAGUUCUCAAUUUAGAAAAUAUUGGAUUUAUUCCUGACAGCACAGCAUCUACACCACACCGUAAAUCAUUCUCAUCCUUUUCUACUCCACUAUUAAAAGGCCGACAUGACGUUGACAAUGACAUUGAUAAUGAUGAUGAAACAACGACAUCUACAGACGAAGUUGACGACGAAGAAUCAUCUGAUACAGGAAAUAAAGAUAUUGAUUAUAGCGUCUUAUAUGAUGAAACAAUUGAAGAUUUUUCAUAUUCUGGGGCACGUGAACAAGCAAAAAAACGUUUAUUAAGAGAUCAAAAUGAAGAAAUGUUAAGGCAGAAUAAAGAACAAGAACAAUCAUAA